CAAAGGAAAGGCGCUAAUACCGUUAGCUUUCUAAGUGUGUGACCGAACAGAGAGUUUGUCGUGUUGUGCUGUGUGUGAGCUGAGUGUGUGAGCUGUGGCAGUAACAAUGCCUUCAGUUCAGUCUCUGAGAGAGUUUAUCAACGAGCGACUAACUGCUGCUGCUGAACAAAUAUUCUUGGAGUUUGAAAAAACGAUCGUCCAGUACGAGGAAGAGAUCGACCGUCAGCGCAGACUGCUGGAUAUCACCUGGAAACCCCAAAUCAAGCUGCACAGGACAGUUCCUCCAGACAUCCCACAGCAGCCUGUCUGUGAGGAGGAGGAGGAGGUUCUUCCUGAGCAGCAGCUCUGGAACCAGGAGAGGAGCUCCAGUGUGGACCAGGAGGAACCAGAACCUCCACAGAUUAAAGAGGAACAGGAGGAACUGUGCAGCAGUCAGGAGGGAGAGCAGCUGGGACUGAAGGAGGAGCCUGAUACCUUUAUGGUGACUGCUGCUGAGGAAGGAGACCACAGUGAACCAGGAGGAGACGGGGAGCAGCUCCUCGCUCACAGCUCUGCUGGAGCUGAGAACCAGGAUCAGGAAGGAAGCAAGAAUUCAAGAUCAAGUAGAAAAAGAAAUAAAAGUCACAAAAAUGAAGAAGGCCCCACUGCAUCAGGAAGUCGGUGUAACUCGGCCUGCAUGGAGUUUAAUCCAUUCAUGGAUCUGUUUUCUCUUCUCACUGCAGCCUUGCUGCUCACAAUCAUUUAUUCAUUUACUGCAACAAACCGAGACGUUAAAGAGGAACUAAAGGCAACACUCGUGCUCUGCCGGAACCUCAACGCGUGACACAGGCGGAAGUAAAUAAAGGAAAGGCGCCAUUACCGUCCCACGUGUGUGUGCCUGAGCACAGAGACUGAUGUGUUGUGUGAGCUGUGGCAGUAACAAUGCCUUCAGUUCAGUCUCUGAGAGAGUUUAUCAACGAGCGACUAGCUGCUGCUGCUGAACAAAUAUUCUUGGAGUUUGAAAAAACGAUCGUCCAGUACGAGGAAGAGAUCGACCGUCAGCGCAGACUGCUGGAUAUCACCUGGAAACCCCAAAUCAAGCUGCACAGGACAGAUGUCCCACAGCAGCAUUUCUGUAAGGAGGAGGAAGUUAUCGCUGAGCAGCAGCUCUGGAACCAGGAGAGGAGCUCCAAUCUGGACCAAGAGGAACCAGAAGCUCCACAGAUUAAAGAGGAACAGGAGCAACUCUGUAGCAGUCAGGAAGGAGAGCAGCUGGUACUGAAGGAGGAGAUUCCUGCCUUUAUGGUGACUGCUGCUGAGGAAAGAGACCACAGUGAACCAGAACCAAAAAGAGACCAACUCAACUGUGUCAGCUCUGCUGUAGCAGUGAGACAAUAUCAGGGAGGAAGGAAGAAAGAUUCAGAAUCACCAAGAAAUAAAAAGAAAGGUCACAAUAAUGUAGAACACCAACCUACGCCAGACAGUGAGUGCAAGUCUGACAAAAGUAAAAAGUCUAUUAAAUGUGAUGUUUGUGGAAAAACCUACAAAUAUAAUUAUGAAAUGGAAAGACAUUAUAGAAUCCAUACAGGGGAGAAGCCGUUUUCCUGUAAGACAUGUGGGAAAAUGUUUGUACGUAGUGGUUCUGUAGUGAAGCACAUGAGAAUCCACACAGGUGAGAAGCCAUAUUCUUGCAAAGUGUGUGGGAAAAGUUUUAGACAGACAAAUGGUUUGACUGUCCACAUGAUCACGCACACAGGUGAGAAGCGAUUUCACUGUGAAAUAUGUGGGAAAAUGUUUGCACGUAGUAACGGCUUAUUGAGGCACAAAAAAAUUCACACAAGUGAGAAACCUUAUUAUUGUAAAACAUGUGGGAAAACAUUUACACUUAGAAAUUUGUUUUUGAUACACACAAAACGUCACACAGGUGAGAAACCAUAUCAUUGUAAAACAUGUGGGAAAAUGUUCAAGCGUAACAGUCAUUUAAAAGAGCACAUAAGAAUACACACAGGUGAGAAACCAUAUCAUUGUAAAACUUGUGGGAAUGCAUUUAGAUAUCGUGCUCAUUUGUUGCGUCACAUGAAAAUACACAUAUAGAGGUGUACUCUUUUAACAAAAUUAACAGUUUAGCAAGCUGUGUAGAGCGCAAAGUUAAACCUAAGUCAGCAUGGGAACUAAUGGUAAACACAGCAUGAUAGUGAGGAGGUUAUGGUUAGAGUUUCAUUUUAAAAGCAGGUGGAAGUGGCACAUUUUUACAAAUUAUUCUAUUUACAAAAUGUUUUAAGGGCAUUAUCAAUUCUGUACCCAAGCAACAGUGAUGGGGAUAACACCAUUCCUUUUUUCAGUAAUUAGUAAUCUAACUAAUUACUAUUUCUAUCGUUAGAACGCUGUUGCUGUUACUGUUACGAAGAAGAAAAUGCGGUGCGGGCACGUUACAGUUUCUCAACACACAGAUGAUUGAAGCUGUGUUCAUCUUGCUGGGAGCUAGUGGGACGAAACAGUCACACAAGUCCCACUGGUUGGCUGAGGAAGAAUAAAGUAGUCAUGGUAAACCAAUUACAUGACCAAUUUAAGAUAACGUGGUGGCACAAAUAAUUUGUGUGGCAUCUUAUUUGAUGCAGAGUGUUCUGUAAAUAGUUUAAAAUGGUUAUUAAAAAAAAGUCUUUGCUGCAUUUUUAGGUAAAUAG